AUGGCAACCACUGAAAAGAAUGAUCGCGUUGAUGAACCUCCUCAAAAGCGCAGACGCUUGUCUAACAACGAGACUGGUAUUGGCGCUCACCUUCCAGACGAACCCAUGCUUGCCACGCCUCCAGUUGAGGUCCAGGCUUCAGAGGCUACCGUUCAGAGUCGAGAAUCAGAAGUGGGUAUUCAGACAUUCAUAAACGCCAAUAUCUCAAGUUUCGCUGGUGUCCUAAAGACUAGGUAUUCAGAUUUUAUUGUGAAUGAGAUUCUACCAAGUGGCGAGGUCGUUCACUUGCAAAACACAAAGCCAUCAGCACCACCACCACCACCACCACAAGGUGAACCAGAAUCAGUGCCACAAGGGAGAGGAGAUGCGACUUUGCAGGACGUUGUAGGACCUGACAAUCCAGCACCAAUCGAAAUCGAGGCCAAGAACCGAGCUUCUGAGCAUGAAGAAAUGACCAAGGUAGAGCACGGAGCCCAUACCGACAAUCAAAUAUCUGAAGAACAGCGUCAACAGCUGGUUGAGUAUCUACAAGAACCGGCUGCGUCCGAGAUUAUAGACCUUCACGAGACAAUCAAGAACACUGCGCGGCUACAAUUGAGCGGGUUACCAAGUGUUCGUGCAGAGUUCACCUCGGAUCGAUCAGUACGCUCACAAAUCCAUCAAUUCAUACGCGAGACGUUCAACUCUAAGAUCGACAGCUCCACAGAUAAAGAUGGCUUUCUUGUCCUCUCGGCAGCUGGAGGGCCAGGGCGUGACAAACAGCAAUGGAGAUCGCGAAACUUACCCUCCCAAAACAACUCGCGAUCAGGCAAGUCUGUCUGGCAGGAAAGAGGUGGUGAUCACGUACACUUUACUCUAUACAAGGAGAACAAGGACACUAUGGAAGCAAUUUCCUGGCUCACAAAGCAGCUCAGAUGUAAUGCCAAAGUUUUUCAGUUUGCAGGCACAAAAGACAGAAGAGCGAUUACCACGCAGAGGUGUAGCGCGUACAGAAUUCAAGCCGAGCGACUGGCUGCCCAAAACCAGACAUUGCGAGGAUCCAAAAUUGGUGACUUCCAGUAUCAUCAACGUGGUCUCGAGCUUGGAGAUCUACGAGGUAAUGAGUUCGUGAUCACUCUGAGAGAUUGCAAAACACCUCUGUUUAAAGACCAGAAUUCGAAGCUAGAUAUCGUGCAGCAGGAUAUUGAACAGAGACUGCAAAGUCUGCGUGACAACGGCUAUAUCAAUUACUACGGCGAACAACGUUUUGGCACGUUCUCAGUGAGGACAGACACCAUUGGUCGUCACAUACUGAGAGAAGACUUCAAAAGUGCUUGUGAUGCAAUCAUCUCUUUCCACGCAGAUGCAUUAGAAGCGUCUCUCCGUUCUGAUUUGACCUCAACUAUAGGUCAGGACGACAAGCAUCGCGCUCUUGCCAUUCACAAGUGGCAUACAGGUUCGAGCCUGGACGAAGCACUAAGUAUCCUGCCUCGGAAGUUCUCAGCAGAAACGCAGAUCAUGCGGCAUCUCAAUAGAGAUCCCACCGACUACUUCGGUGCAUUGUCUGGCAUACAGCGAAAUUUGAGGUUGAUGUAUGUUCAUGCUUACCAGUCACUGAUUUGGAAUCUAGCUGCAACCCAGCGUCUAAAAGUCUAUGGUAACAAAGUCAUCAAGGGCGACCUUGUCUUAGUCAAUGAGCAUAAAGAGAAAGAGGUGCACGUAUCAGAGACCAAUGGAUCAGAAAAUAUGGCCAUCGACGAGGAUGGUGAGCAAAUCGUUAAGCCAGCUGACCAUGACCGAGCCGCGCAAGAAGACGACAUGUUCGAACGUGCUCGAGCACUGACCGAGGAGGAAGCGAACUCAGGCAAAUACUCCAUAUUCGAUGUUGUCCUGCCGCAACCUGGCUACGAUAUAUUAUACCCUGACAACAAUAUUGGCAAGUACUACGAAACCUACAUGCAAAGCGAAGAAGGAGGUCGCAUCAACCCGCAUAAUAUGCGUCGUAGACAUCGCGAGUUCAGUCUCAGUGGGUCUUAUAGAAAAAUACUCGCAAGAAUUGGCCAGGACUUCGAGGCCAAUGUACAUACCUACGACAAAGACGAUGAGCAGUUUGUGAAGACCGACCUCGACAUUUUACGCGAGAAGAUGGAGGCUAGUGGACUUCAUCCGAGUUCUUCUAACAAAGAAAACCAAGAGGCUCGGCCAUCUUCUAAAGUCACGAAUGGGAAAGACGAGGAGCGAGGCAGCAAGCUCGCUGUUGUACUCAAGUUUCAGCUAGGCGCGAGUCAGUAUGCGACUAUGGCACUAAGGGAGCUUUCGAGGGGAGGUAUCGCGCCUUACAAGCCUGAUUACAGUGGCGGUAGAUGA